AUGUUGGCGGUGCGAUCAUGGGCUCCAGGCAGCGUGCUUUGCCGGCUAAAGCCGGUGGUAUGGCGAAGAUAUAUUUCAGAGUCUGAGCGAAAUUUCAGGAGGGUAAACACGUGUAAAUUUGACAUUCACAUUUGCAUAAAUGGACAAGUGGGUAGUGAUGACUUUGAAGAUGGCCCUGCAGUUGUUGGUGGGCAGGAAUUCUGUUCUGAAAGUGGUCUGCAUGGCCAAUCAGGAGACGUUUCACGAAAGUCGCCGGAUAAUAAAAUUGGAAAUGGAGAUAUAGUGCAUCGGCAGUCUGUAGAGGGCAAAAAUGGGCCGAUCCAGGCUCAAACUGGGUUGGAUUAUGCAGAAAGGACAAGGCGGGCCAUCCCAGAUGAAGAUGUGGUGGCGGCAAUUCUCAAAUUUGUGAGUAUUGAUGACAAGUCGGCCAAUAAGAAGGCUCCGGCAUUAAGCGCCAAGAACGCGGAGUCUGCCGGUGAAAUAGACGACCACCAGUUUGAUUUCCUUGCGGAGAAGCUCACCGGGAAGAGAGGGUGCCGAAUUCUCCCCGAGCGGUUUGUUGUUGCGGGCAGAAUGACCCCGUAUGAGCAAUUUUCGGCGGUUAAAGGUGAGAAUCCGUACGAAAAAAGACACGAUACAAGAAUAUCGGUUACCAGCAUCACACCCAAGAAUUGGUGUGAGCUUCAGCGGAUGUUUGACGUGUACAGUGGUGUGUUGGAGAAGCCAGCCACUGCACCGAUGAUUCGAGGAAGCAAAGAGCAUUUGGGAUAUGAGCAUCACACGCAUCCGCAAAAGCAGUUUUCGCUAAAGGUGAACGGCAAAAAACGUGAUGUACACAUUGAGGAGACACACACGUUUGCCGAAAAGGAGAAACUCCCGCUGGAGAGACUUGGAACGGACGAUUUGGGCGAUUUGUACACACAACUCGACAGAUUGGGCGAGAGAGUUGAUUCGGACACAAAGAUGCUUGCUGGGAAGUGGGCCUCGAGUAUUCUUCGGUUUCUGUCGCUUUUCCAGUUUGGAGAGUGCCGUGAGGUGCUUGUGAAUGCAUUGUACGAUGUUAAAGGGAACAAAUUGCUUGAUUCUAGAGGUGGAAAGCCGCAGCUACCUCUUGAACCCGCUGAUUACAUCAUCAUCAGCGGUAUAAUUGACCACCUAAAGCUCGAAAGUGGGUCGUAUGAGGGCGCUUUUGAGACCUACCAGGAAGAGUUGAAGAGUUCCAUCACAGAUGCUCUCGAUAUUUCCGAUUUGAUCCACCAGAUUGCGAAAAAAUCGAGGCAGUGGGCCGACCGCUCUGAUCCGAUGAUCUAUAUGACGGUCAAAGACAUAAAAACAAGGCGGACUGCUUCAUUGCCGGCCCCCCAGCAGAUACAGAGUGCAAUUUCGCAGGUUGGCAUGUACCGGAAGUUUCUUGAGCUCUUAUCUCUCGAUCCUGAGGUCACGUACCACAUGAUGAUCGCCAAUGCACUAAAACGAGGUGUCGAUCCGUAUGCUCCACUUCCACAGGCAGUUGUUUUCCCCCUCAGCCUUCAGAAUAACUACCUCAUCAAGGAUUUUGCACGCAUAAAGCUGGGUAAAGCCAUUGGCUUCAGGCCGUACGACCAGGAUCCGUUCAUUCCACGUGACUAUUCUUCAAAUGUGGACCUCACGCUUCCAGAAGAUUCGGAAAUCUUGUCGGUACUUCUUGGAAACUGGAAGAGCCCCCCUACAUUGGCAUAUAUGGCGGCCAGGUUGGCACAGUUGUACCAUUUGAUGAAUCCAUUCUUUUCCAGCAUCGGGUCGAUCGAGUACUCCAAUAAGGGCUCGAUAUUCAGACAGAUCAACUGUAGGUAUGAUGAGGCUGCCAUUAAUGAUGAUAUAAAGCACGGGAUGAACCUUUGGCUGGGCAAAAGAGAGCCGGAGCAUCCAUUUUUUGCAGGUAUCUGCAAGCGGUGUGUUUUCCGGAAGCAGUGCGAGUGGAAUUUGAAGAAUAAUGAUGGGAAGAAGGCAAGUUGA